CAGUUACCCGGGCAGGGUUGGGUCGCCGGGCAGGGACUCUGCAGACGCCGCCAUGGCUGGCAGUGCUCUUGGGCCUGCGCGCUCCCUGCUCGCCGCCCUUCUGGCGCCGGCGCUGGUGGCACUCCUGGUGUCGCCGGCCCGGGGCCGCGGGGGCCUGGACCACGGGGACUGGGACGUGGACCGGAGACUGCCUCCGCUGCCACCUCGCGAUGACGCGGCGCGCGUGGCCCGCUUCGUGACGCACGUCUCGGACUGGGGCUCGCUGGCCACUAUCUCCACGCUGGAGGAGGUGCGCGGCAGGUCCUUCGCGGACGUCAUCUCCCUCAGUGACGGUCCCCCGGGCGCGGGCAUCGGCGUGCCCUACAUGUACCUGAGCCCGAUGCAGCAACUAGUGAGCGACUUGCAGGAAAAUCCACAGGCUACGCUGACACUGUCUUUGGCACAGACUGUCUUCUGCAGGAAACAUGGAUUUGAUCCGCAGAGUCCCUUAUGUGUCCAUAUAAUGCUGUCGGGAACUGUGACGGAGGUGAACGAGAAAGAAGCGGACUAUGCUAAGAAUUCGUUAUUCCUGCGACACCCUGAGAUGAAAACUUGGCCCUCCAGCCAUAACUGGUUCUUUGCUAAGCUGAAUAUAACCAAUAUCUGGGUCUUGGACUACUUCGGUGGACCCAAAGUCGUGACACCUGAAGAAUAUUUUAAUGUCACAUUGCAGUGACGCAGAACAUGUUGACACCAGCGAGGAGUCUUGGAUGGCGCCUGCACACUUAAGGGGCUUGACUUGUCUGCACCUUCCUCGGGCUGACUCUGCCCCCUGCUGGCUGACUUGGUUGGCUUGCCUGUUUACACAAUGCUGGUGGUCCUAGACCUGAUCUCUUGGAAAGAUGAGGUUGCUGGAUUUAAAACAUGUACUUUGAAGCUAUUUUCAUAGAAAAAUGCCAUUCAUUAUAAUCAAGGAUUUUUUCCCAUCUAUUCCCAGUGUUUUUUCUUCCAUGGUGCCCAUAGAUGGGCAGCAUAGGCCAGGUGUAGAUUGCCCAUUGGCAUCGUAGGUACAGAAGUCCAGGCACUUUAUUCUUGAUGGUCACUGUCCCUGGAGGGUGCCCUCCCUCACCCAGCUGCCUUGAGCCUGUGCAGAGGGGCCUGGAGUGGGGAAGCCUGGGCAGGGGGUGUGCCCCGGAUGCAGAGUGCCUGUGUCAACCCUUCAGAUGUGGAAAGGGGUGAACUUCCUAUUCAUGUCUGACAGAAGUACCUUCUGUAAAACUCUCUAAAUGUUUUACAUGAUAAAGUCAUAGUUACCCAGAACAAACAAGUAAAAAAUAUUUCCUGUUUUCAUUUUCCACCUAAGUAGACACCGAAUAUUCAUUCUUCAUCCUGCAAAAUAUAUUCACACGGGCUGGGAGUGGGGUGCAGCCUGCUGGAUAGAGUGCUUGUCCAGUGUACAUGGGGCCCUGGGUCUCAUCCCCAGCAUUGAAACAAACGGGUCAAAACCCCAAACAAUGUUUUUUUAUUUGCAGAAGGAAAAGAAAGGAAUUUUGUCUGUGUUGGAUUAUUUUUUACAAAAAAAAAAAAAAGCAUUACAAGUGGAAUUAACCCAGGUACCAACUGUAGCCCAAGCCUUCCUCAGAUGUUCUGUAUCUUGAAGCUUCUAAUGCUGCCACCUGAGUCACCCAUCUGUGGGAGAUAACAUGGUAACAUGGUAUUAAAAAUAUGUUUCUGGGCUAGAGAGAUGGUUCAGCAUUUAAGAAUGUAGACUGCGCUGGGCGGUGGUGGCGCAUGCCUUUAAUCCCAGCACUCGGGAGGCAGAGCCAGGUGGAUCUCUGUGAGUUCGAGGCCAGCAUGGGCUACCAAGUGAGUUCCAGGAAAGGCACAAAGCUACACAGAGAAACCCUGUCUCAGAAAACCAAAAAACCAAAAAAAAAAAAAAAAAAAGAAAAAGAAUGUAGACUGCUCUGGCCGAGGAGCCCGCUCUGGAGUCAGCAGACACAGCUGCCCAUAACUCCAGCUCCAGGGAAUCAAAUCCCUCUGGCCUCUGAGGGCACCUGCUCUCACGUGCUUGUACCCACACAGAGACACUCUCGUACACACAGCUAAAAAGAAUACAUUCACAAACGUCUCUUCAGAAGAGGUUACCAUUGAGCUUCGUCCCCUGUCACCUGUACUCAUGAUCUCAGAUGACAUAAGAUUCCUUUUAAGAAGGUGUGGGGUGUCAAGCCACUGACCCCUUCAGCAGCAAACAGAAGUUAAAUGGGAGCCAUCAUUGGAGAAAUAGAUGAUAAACUUAACAAAUCCAGCAAACGACUUCUCACGAAAAAAGUUAUAUUAAACAGUGAGGAUCUGGUCAUUCAAAUCAGUAACAAUUAAGGACAUUAUUUUAAGAAGGUGUGCUGGACUGCUUUCAGAGGUUCAGAUGUGUGUCACAAAGCUUCGUUGUACCCUGCUCAAUCGAUGGUCACGUUUAACCACACUCUUAAACCAGCCACUUGUUCCGGAACUCGGAGGGAAGCACGCUGCUCUUCCCCUCUGCCAGAGGACUCAUCGCGUCCUAGAAUUUGGGGAAUGGAUCCAGGCUUUGUCACCGGCCCUUGAGUUCCAGCACGCUCUGUCGAGCUGGGCUGAAGCAUUUCCCUAGUUUUCUCUCUCUGCCCACUUACUGUGAGUUCUGUCUUCAGCAUUUGGCACCGUGGACAAACUAUCUGUAUUCAGGUCAGAUCCAGUUAUCCUGCAGGGUGAAGUCACCCAGGUCUUUACAGUGGGCUCUGCACAUUCCGUUAUAAUUGAACCUGUACAUUGUCGCCCGAGCAUUCUGAAUGUCCACAAGGGGGCACCAGAGACUACUGUUAAAGCGGAUCCAGGUUGGGUUUUGGGGUUUUGGUGGGUUUUCUUUUUUUGUUUUGUUUUCUAUGUCUUAGUGUCUCUAGACCGUGUAGUUUAAGGUAUCUUCAAACCUGUGAUGCUCCUGCCUCAGCUUCCUUAGUAGUGGAACGACAAGUGCAUGCCACUCUGCCGGGCACAGGGCCAAUUUCUGCUAUAGCUGAGUUAGUUUAGCCAAAUGUCGGGGUGUGACACUGUGUGUCACUAUGACGGUGACCCUGUAGUAAAGGCAAUUCAGCAAGGGCAAGAUGGUCACGUUUGGUGAGAUGAAGGUCUGGCCUCAUGCUGUGGCUGGUGGCUUCAUGACUCUGUCACUUCCCUCACACCAUGGCCUUUGCUCAGACCUUGGGUCUCACACCUCACCUGCUGCAGAUAGAGACUGAGCCCCCGGUCUUAGCUAGGAUAAGGUAUGGAUGAAGGCGGUGACCCCAAGAACAUGCAGCUCCUGAUCAAGGACAUGGUGCCUUAGGCUGUGGCCGAGAGCCCCUGAAGCUGAUGAGCCCCUGAAGCUGAUGAGCCCCUGAAGCUGACGAGCUCAAGUGGUUGCAUAUGGCAGAUGUUUCCCUGGCCACUGUUCUAACCAAACCAUGACUAGCAAUCAGAUGAAUCUGUCUUCUAGUCCAGGUUCAAAGCCCUUGGGAUUGUGUGGGGGUGGGGAUCCAUUAUGAACUAAGGCACGCAUAGUUCAGUGAAACAGGAAUCUUCUGCAUCGUGUGUCUUUCUCAGUGGUAUUCAGACCAAGAAUCACAAGGCAAUUGAGGACUGCUUUCCUGUAAUGGCGCAUUCUGUAGCUGCUUUAAUGCUGAGAAAAUAAUACUCUGGGAGCUUGUUGGCUGGUGUUUUGUGAUGUUUUCCUGACUUUUCAAAACAGAUGUUCUGUAUUUUCAUCUGAGAAGACAAAUGAUAAGUUUGGAAGAGAGUAUGGAGGAAUCGUUUUCUUUGGUUUUUCCUUUGAAUUGUAGGAUACGCAUAUGAGAGGGAUGGGGAGAGGGAGGGAAGGAUGGAGGGAGGAAAAGGGAGGACAUGAGAAAGUUCAAGACUUACAGCCUCUAUAGUUUGUAGUGGGUUGUUUUUUACUCUUUGGUCUUUGAGGGGCUCUCCACCCAGCUCCCAAAUAAUCACACGGAGACUAAUUCUUUCUUGUGAAUACCUGGCCUUAGCUUGGCUUAUUUCUAUCUAGUUUUCCUUAACUUACAUUAUCCCAUCUACUUUUUGCUUCUGGGCUUUUACCUUUCUUAAUUUCUGUAUAUCUUUUCUUCCUUUCUUAUUCCAUGUCUGGCUGUGUGGCUAUGUGGCUGGUCCCUGGCAUCCUCCUCUGCUCAUUUUCCCGAUAGCUUCUCUUCUAUUUAUCUGUCUACCUGGCAGCCCCACCUAUCCCUCUCCUCCCUAGCUAUUGGCCAUUCAGCUCUUUAUUAGACCAUCAGGUAUUUUAGGCAGGCAAAUUAACACAGCUUCACAGAUGCAGCAUAAAACAAAUGCAACAUAAAAGAAUGCAACACAUCUUUGCAUCAUUAAACAAAUGUUCCACAGCAUAAACGAAUGUAAGACAUCUUAAGAUAAUAUUCCACAACAAUGAUUAGCCUAGUUGUUGGUAUUUUGUGGUUCUUUCCCAUCUUUGAUGGAUUGUUGAAGGAUCAUGCUGAGUACUGACCAGGUAUCCCAAUGCUUCCUACUAAUCUUGAAUUUGUUGUGUUCCUAGAAGUUGUUUACAAGGAUAACUUAAUAAAAGACAAAAGACCUAUAUAACCUGAAGAGAAACCACAGUAUUCAAGGUUAACACACACAAUAGCUGCAGAAUCUUUCCUCAUAGCAGCAUCCCCAGGCUACAGAGUAGCCACCCAUGCUCGGAGUCUUGCUAUCACAGAGAUGCAAAUCAAAGUAAUUUAAACAAAGUGGAGGAGUUUGCUGUUUCUAAAAUAAAGGAACACCUUUUUCACAGCUCUGCUUUCCUCUGUGUUAGUUUUAAUUGCAGCCAGCAAUUCUGACAACGCUUCCUAGUUGGGUCCUAGUCACUCCUGAGUAAGCAGCACUGUGUCUGGAGGUGGAGGGCCCUCAGGGACUGAGCCCAGGUCCUGGGUCUGCAGACACGAUGCUUCAUUGGCCAAGACUUCGUCAUCUGUCCUUUCCAGGAGACGGGGGUCAGAAGCUUGAGGACUUGGAGAGUUUUGAAGGGGACUCCCGAGAGGAGGUCACCUUAACUGACAGGGUCAGACAGGGCAGGCAAAGGCUGAUGACGAUCAUCACUUUAGUUUCUUUCUUUUUCUUCUCCCUAGUUUCUUAACAUUUCAGUUAUAUAAUUUCCAAGAACGUUGCAGAUUGUUUUUAGGGGUUGAUACUAACUAACAGCUCUGCAGACAAAUAUCACAAUGAUCACAAUGCUGCUUGCUCCAUGCUGAAUCUCAUCGGGAAAAAUUCUACUGCGUUAUUUUAAUUGACGAGUUUUAGGUUACCGGUAAUAUCUAACAUGUACAGUAGUAGUUUGGGCCAGUGAAAUAACUUAAUGAGUCAAUGUGUUCACCACCGAGCCUGAUGGCCUGAGUUCAAUCCUGGGACCUGUACAGUGGGACAAGACGUUGUACUGUGCCUGCCAGGGGCCAUGGCAUGUGCAUGCUCCCCCUCAAACACUCAUUAAGUAAAUAUAUUAAAAGUUUUAAAGUGUUC